AUGGUGCCACCUAUGGUCUCUGAUGCUGCCACUAUAUUAUCUUUGCCUCUUACUAUUUUCCCUUGUGCUGAUCGACUAAUCUGGCAUUAUCACUCAAAUGGCAAUUAUUCAGUGAAAUCAGGUUAUCAUUUUUUAUUCAACAAGAUUCACUCUAAUGUCUUACCAGCUGUACAUGGAUUCUCCAGAAAAGAAUGGACAUCUCUUUGGCAUGCGUUUCUUCCUCCAAAAAUUCGUCUAUUUAUUUGGCGCUGUCUUCACAAUGCUUUACCUGUUGGGGAAUUGUUAUUACAACGAUUCCAUAUUGAAUCCCACUGUCCUCAUUGUCAGGAAUCAGAAACUAUUAUGCAUAUGCUAUUCUCCUGCCCUUUUGCAAGACAAGUGUGGUUUCUCUCAUCUUUAUCUCAUCAUAUGACUGGCUUGCCAUUAAUUUCCUUCUCUCGGAUCUGGUUGGUCUCUACUACUCAUCUUAAUGAUCCCACUGCUGAUCCCCCGUCCUUUUCUUUAUUUUGUUUUACACUGUGGUUUAUUUGGAAGACUAGAAACGCUGCUAUUUUUCGACAAGAAAUCAUUACUGCUGAAGACACUAUGGCCUUAGCCUAUAAGGCCUGUGAUGAAUUCCUCUCCCUUUCUCAACAUUCCAAUGCCACCAGUUCCUCUUCCUCGUCUACCAUUCCUCAGCCAAGUUCUGCUAUUCUACACAGCCCAGAUGAGAUCAUAAUUAAUGUGGAUGCUGCUACAGAUCAAGCUUGUCGGUUUGGAACUGUGGCUGCUGUUGCUACUAAUCUGCAGGGCCUAGUAAUUGCUCACUUUACUGCUGUUUUUCGGUCUAUUUGGGAUCCACGAAUCUUGGAAUUCUUGGCAAUCAGGGAAGCUUUGAACUGGGCUAUUGCUUGUCACUGGCACUCCGUUUUGAUAAAAGGUGAUGCUCUACAAAUCGUCCAAUCAAUCAAUUCUCAUGACAUCCAGAUUGCUAAUGCUUGGGGGAUAUGUAGCGAUAUUUGGCAUCUCCAAUCCUCUUUUAGUUCUUGUAGCUUUGUUCAUAUUUCUAGGAAUUUCAAGACCGUACACGUGGACCACCCAGCCGGCCAACCCCAUGCUGAUUUGGUCCACAAUGUAAAUGUUAAGGCUGGCAACCUUUAA